AUGGAACCAAACAGCCCCAAAAAGAUACAAUUUGCUGUGCCAUUAUUCCAGAGUCAGAUUGCACCAGAGGCAGCAGAGCAGAUCAGGAAAAGAAGACCUACACCAGCAUCACUUGUGAUUCUUAAUGAAAGCAACCCCCCAGAAAUAGAUGACAAGAGGGUGAACAACAUACAAGGAGAAUCACAGAAUGCAUCCCCCAAGCAAAGGAAGCAGAGUGUGUACACACCGCCCACCAUGAAAGGGGUUAAGCACCUGAAAGGCCAGAAUGAGCCAGCAUUUCCUGAAGAAGAAGAAGGCAUAAAUGAAAGGGAGGAGCAGUGUGACCAUUAA